UGAGGAGAUUGUUCGGUGUGAAACAUGGGUUGGGCCUAUUGCCAAAACCUGGGCCUGGCUUGGGCCCCAGACUCACCUUGAUUGGGCCAAACGUCACCAUAUAGGCCUAGCCCAUUUCUUAUCUUUAGCUCUAGCCCAGCUCUUUAGCUUUGGGAGCCCUAAUUUCACACUGCCUUUGAUCUGCACCACUGUCUAUCUGGAGCUUACCCACCACCCUGUCUCGACGACAUUGAAGCUUCUUCGGCCAUUAUCGCCGGCAAUCCACCAAUAUCCUCACGGCUCACUGUAACCCACCACGCUCCCUGCUUCAGCGUUUCGCUCUCAUUUCUGGGUUGCAUUCAUUCACCCUCCCUCAGCGCCUAAUUGUCAUCUCUCAGCAAAAGCCUUAAGUUGGGGGUUUAGGGACCUGAGGUGGGCGUGGACUUUGAGAAACAGAGAAAAGAAAUACCUGUCUUCUUGACCGGCCACUGAAUUGUUCUUCCGAAACUCAAAAAUGGGUUCGAUUUAAGUAGAUUGCUACUUCAGGGGGAAAGUUAAAUUUGGUAACUUGAGAAAUGCGCUUAGUUUCAAGAAUAAGUCAUCUUCUACCCAAUGUGUUUGCAAACACCAUUCGCUCUUCUACAGUUGCCCUCAAUCCUCUCAACAGAAAUGGAGUGCAUAGAAAUUAUGCUCAACCUUCUCGGAUAGAGGAGGAAGAGGAAGAGGUGGAAAUUGAUCAGAGAAGGCUUCCAGCUGACUACGAUCCUGCUAAUUUUGAUCCAACAGAGCAUCGUAGUCCUCCAACAGAUCGUGUUUUUAGGCUAGUAGAUGAAAUAUCUGGACUCACAUUAGUUGAAGUUGCUGAAUUAUCUUCCAUUUUGAUGAAAAAAUUGGGAAUGACAGAGAUGCCAGUUGCUGGAUAUAUGAAGCCAGGAGCUGUGGGGUUGGCUGGAAUGGUGAAGAAGGUGUCAUCAGCAACUGCUAAGGAGGAGAAGAAAGCAGAAAAGACUGUUUAUGAGUUGAAACUAGAGUCUUACGAAGCGUCUGCAAAGAUUAAAAUUAUCAAGGAGGUAAGAAGUCUCACUGAUUUAGGUCUCAAAGAGGCAAAGGAUUUAGUGGAUAAAGCCCCAUCGGUGUUGAAGAAGGGACUAUCAAAGGAAGAGGGUGAACAAAUAAUUGAAAAGAUGAAAGCACUUGGUGCAAAAGUGAUCUUGGAAUGAAUGAAUGUAUGCUUUUAGUCAUCCACUGUCUCCAUGUAUUUUGUUCUUGGCUUCGUUAGACUCGAUGUUUUUCUAUAAUAAUAUCUUGCAUUUUUCAGUGUCUU